GCUUCUAUAUUUGGAUUGCCUACUGAAUCCUUUUCAUUUUAUUAGCAUCCAAACAAAACAACGCCGGAGUAAAAUACACGAGUGUCGCCCUUUUCUUCUUUAGUACUUCUAAUGAUUCAAAGAAUUGUCCGUACUGAUCGCCGGAUUCUCACAUUUCCGGCUGUUCAUCCUUGUGAGGACAUUUCACCCGGGACUCUUUUGUCAUCUUUAAUCUGUCUCUCCCAAAAUGUAUGCAAUUAUCAGUCUAACUUCUUUGCCACCCAGAGGAGGAACGCCCGCGAAGCCAUUCGCCAAAUUGGGAUUCUUCUCAUAUUCUUCGAGGAAAUCAGGGACCAUCAAUUGGUUCUCUCGGACUCGCUAGUCCUUUGCUUCUCUGAGCUCCACCUCGCCUUUCAAAAAAUCCAGUUCUUGUUUGAGGACUGUACACGUGAAGGUGCCAGGCUAUGGAUACUGAUGAAGUCGAAGUUUAUCGCCACUCAAUUUCGUGUGCUAAUUCGAGCAAUUGCCACUGCUCUUGACGUUCUGCCACUGAAUCGGAUAAAUGUCGGUAGGGAAGUGAAGGAAUUGGUUGAGUUAGUAUCAAAGCAAGCACGCAAGGCGAAAUUCGAGCUCGACCCUGAAGACGAAUGGGCGUCAAAGCAAGUCCUUCUCAUAUUGAACUACUUUGAGAAGGGAAUUGAGCCUGAAGUGAGCUUUAUAAAGCGGUUUCUUGACUAUCUGGAUAUAAGAAACUGGAGUGAUAGUGCCAAGGAAAUCAAGUUCUUAGAAGAAGAGAUCGACUCUCAAUUCUCUGACUGUGAUGAGAGAGAGGUCCCAUUCCUGAGUAGUUUGUUGGGGUUGAUGAGCUACUGCAGGGGAGUGAUUUUCGAAACAUUGGAUUAUCGGAUAAGUGAUCAAAUUGAUGUGGGAUGCAAUAUGGAGAUUCUCAGUUGCAUAAAUCCGGAAGAUUUUCGAUGCCCAAUUUCACUCGAGCUAAUGCUUGAUCCAGUAACUGUAACAACCGGGCAGACUUACGAUCGAUCUUCGAUUGAAAAAUGGUUCAAAGCUGGAAAUACGAUUUGUCCCAAAACAGGGGAGAAGCUGAAAAACACAGGGCUAGUCCCCAACACGGCUUUUAGAAAGGUAAUCCAACAGUUCUGCAGUGACAAUGGCAUUUCUCUGUCUAAAUCAGGAAGCAGAAGUCGUGAUAUAACGAGAACUAUUAUUCCAGGAAGCCCUGCUGCAGAAGAAGCUACGAAAUUCCUUUCAAGAUUUCUUGCAAGGAGGCUGGUUUUUGGGUCAAUUGAACAGAAAAACAAGGCUGCUUAUGAGAUUCGAUUGCUAGCGAAAUGGAACAUAUUUAAUCGAUCUUGUUUGAUUGAAGCCGGUGCAGUCCUUCCUAUCAUAAACCUUUUAUCUUCUUCAGAUAAGUGUAUGCAAGAGAAUGCUAUUGGAGCUCUACUAAAGCUCUCAAAGCAUACUACUGGCAAGAAGGUCGCAGUUGAUAGUGGUGGAUUGAAACCAAUUGUUGCAGUCCUUGCGAAAGGAUUGAGUUUUGAAGCGAAGCAAUUAGCAGCUGCAACAAUAUUUUACCUUGCUUCAGUGAAGGGAUACAGAAAAUUAAUAGGAGAAAUACCUGAAGCAAUUCCAGCACUUGUGGAGCUGAUAAAGGAAAGGCCAACAUGUGGCAAAAAGAAUGCAGUAGCAGCGAUUUUUGCAUUGCUUCUAUACCCAGGGAAUCAUCAGAAAGUACUUGCAUCUGGGACUGUUCCAUUGCUGAUUGAUAUUCUAUGCUCGUCGGAUAAGGAUGAACUCAUAGCAGAUUCACUAGCAGUUGUUGCAACACUGGCUGAGAAUGUUGAUGGGGCAGUAGAAAUCCUGCAAGCUUCAGCUUUAUCUGUAAUAACUAGGAAUUUGCAAUCCUCAGCAUCAAGAGCUGGGAAGGAGUAUUGUGUUUCGAUCUUGUUAUGUUUAUGUAAACAUGGAGUACAAGUGGUGGAGGUUCUAGCAAAGGACCCUGCUCUUAUGAGUGAACUAUAUUCAGUUGUAACAGAGGGAACUUCUCGGGCCAGCAGUAAAGCUAGGUCUCUGAUAAAAAUUCUACUGAAAUUCCGGGAAACAAGCUCUUCAGGAUCGAUAGCUUCAGCCCCAUGUGAGCGACCAGUUCAUGUGUGGUAACUUUUUUCCCUUAUUUGGUUUCAUUUAACUUGAUUCUGUAAAUACUAGAUACUUUCCAGGGUUAGCUCGGUUUUUUGAAGAGCUAAUUGCCAUAUCAUAGAGCUAUUGAUUGAUGAGUCAGAUGCCAUUCUUAAACGUCUGUAAUUUGAUUUUUUUUUUGCAGUGUACAAUCAAUAAAACUGUGUGUGAUGCAUUUUGUUCCUGUUUCAAUAUACUAGUGCAACAAGUGUCGAUGUUAUUGGUUUAUUUUGGUCUA